AUGAGUUCUGAAGAAAGCGAUUCAGAAUAUUAAGAAUUUGUUACCAGCUUUUAUCAUUUAGUCUAAGAUAUUAAUGAAUGUAAUCAUAUAUUUAAUACAAGUUUAGAUUGUGCUAAAAAGUCAAAAGAGAGUAGAACUGCCAGAUUCUUAAAAUAAGCAAAAGCGCGAAGAAGUAUAAAGAAUUCUGUAAUUUAAUAAAGAAACAAAUCAAAUCACAUUUAGAAUGCCAGAAAAUCCAGAUCAAAAUGUUUCAGAAAUCAUUUCUUACAAUAAAAAUUAAGCCGAGAAAUUAGUUAAACCUAUGAGAAAUCAAACAAAAAAUUUAGAAAAUUCUCAAGUUGAACCUUAUAUUUCAAAUGUGCAUAUAAUUCUCAGGUAAAUUUAAUUUUUAUGAUUUAGGGAUCUUAAAUUAAAAUAGCAAAUACUUAGAAAUGCAUAGAAAUAAGUGUAUUUGAAUUUAAUUGAAGAUCAUAAAUAAAAUUCAAAGAAAUCUUAACCUAGAACAUGUUGUUUGCAUAUGUAAAUAUAUUUAUAAAUUUUAUAUCAUUAGAUAUUUAGCUGAGAAAAUAUAUUAAGAGAAAAUGAAAGAGGUAGCUACAUGCUUGAAAUUCCAUGAAGGCCCUAAAAUUGUUAUUCCUCUAUUCAAAAAUACAGCAUAAACUAGAAAGGGAAGUAUGGAAUGA